GGUGGAGGAGGAAAGGCAAGUUAGGAAAGCGGAAGGGGUCCAAAUGAGUACCUUUUGUCCUUCUCUUGUCCUUAUCGCCUGCGCUCAGAACUGAUAUAGGAGGCUAAGAUGUGCGGUGGAGUUUUUGUUCCCCAUCAAUUCUAGUUCCUCUCUUCUUCUUCUUUCGGAUUCGGUUUUCGAUCUCUAUCUCCUUCUUCUAGCUCUUUUUUGAGUUCUCUUCCAUGAAAUCUGCAUAAAAAAUGAAUCUUUGUUAUCAUUAAGUAAGAUGCAUUAGAUACAGCUUUGGAGAAUGGACUCAGAAUACCAAGAGUUUGUGGAAGUGGAUCCAACUGGCAGAUAUGGAAGGUAUAAUGAGAUCUUAGGCAAGGGUUCAUCAAAAACAGUAUAUAGGGCUUUUGAUGAGUAUGAGGGGAUUGAGGUCGCUUGGAACCAGGUGAAGUUAAAUGACUUUCUUCAAAGUCCUGAGGAUUUGGAGAGGCUGUAUUGUGAGAUCCAUCUACUCAAAACCCUAAAGCACAAGAACAUAAUGAAAUUUUGUUCUUCAUGGGUCGAUAUCUCCAAGAGGAAGAUCAAUUUUGUCACUGAGAUGUUUACUUCUGGUACUCUGAGACAGUAUCGACAAAAACAUAGGAGGGUUAACAUCAGGGCAGUGAAGCAUUGGUGCAGGCAAAUCUUAAGUGGCCUGCUCUACCUCCACAGCCAUGACCCUCCCAUCAUUCAUAGAGACCUCAAGUGUGACAAUAUUUUUAUUAAUGGAAACCAAGGAGAGGUCAAGAUUGGUGAUCUAGGUCUUGCAGCGAUCCUUCGGAAACCACAUGCUGAUCAUUGUGUUGGAACACCAGAAUUCAUGGCCCCAGAGGUUUAUGAAGAGGCAUACAAUGAAUUGGUUGACAUUUACUCUUUUGGAAUGUGUGUUUUGGAGAUGGUCACCUUUGAAUACCCUUAUAGUGAAUGUACUCACCCUGCACAAAUCUACAAAAAGGUUAUCUCUGGUAAAAAGCCGAAAGCAUUACGUAAAGUAAAAGAUCCUGAAGUGAGACAAUUCGUCGAGAAAUGCCUGGCAAAGGUGUCAAAGAGACUCUCUGCAAGAGAGCUUCUGAAUGAUCCUUUUCUCCAAAUCGAUGAGCGUGGCUUGACAUCUAGGGAAGGAGACAUCACUGUGAUGGGUCAGAUUCUUAAGCAACCUUAUUAUAGUCCUCUUAACAGAGACUACUCCUUGAUAACUAGUAGUUUUUCAUCCGAUGAUUUGCACUAUGACAUAAUGGAAGAGAAUGGCUGGGAUUGGGAUGCUGUAGAAUUUGAAACACACAGGCUCAAUCUUUUCAGUCCAGGAAAAGAACCUCAUACUAAUUCGGAAAUCAUGAUCAAGGGGAAAAUGAGAGAUGAUGGAAGCAUCUUUCUAAGGCUUAGAAUCUGUGAUAAAGAAGGGCACGUCCGGAAUAUCUACUUCCCGUUUGAUAUCGAAAAUGAUACUGCAUUAGGUGUUGCAGCUGAGAUGGUUGCAGAGCUGAGCAUAACUGAUCAUGACGUUACAGAAAUUGCAGAGAUGAUAGAUGGUGAAGUUUCUUCCUUGGUGCCAAAGUGGAAGACUGGUGUUGGUAUAGCAGAAGUACCAGGGAAUGUAGUUUCAUCCAUUUCUGGUAAUCAUGAGGCAGAUACUUCAUUAGAUUUUUCUAUUUUAAACUACCUUUUGAUGAACAAUAGAAGUUGUGGAAAUCUUAAUGCAACUUCCUGCUCCCACCUUGACUGUGCUAUUCAUGGGCGAUUUGAAGAGAUAACAUAUCAUGUCAGUGAAUCCAAGUGUGAUGAAGUGGAACCUCCAUCUCUCUUCUCUAGCCAGCCAGAUGCUCCCUAUUCAAGUAAUUUAGAUAAUGGGAGGCUGAAAUCUGACAAUUGCCCACUUGAAAUGCUUGAGGACCUUGAGAAAAUAAAUGAAAAAGCAUUAGGUCUUGAAAAGUGUCAGACAGAGCAAGAGUCUUCAGACUUCAAAGAGUCAAAAGAGCAAAAUGUGAUUGCAAGUUCUUCAAUUCUUAGCACAUUGCAAGAGUCAGCAGCUGAUAAACAAAUGAAGUCCUUUCAUUUGGGAAGAAACUUCUCAUAUCAAAUCCCUGGUAAUGACAGUUUUUCUGGUGACACAAACAAAACCAAGGUUCUUAAGAAGAAAUCUGCAAACAAUGGUAAUGGUUUUCAGUGGAUUGGCCACCCUUGUCCGGUGAAGCCUAAUAUUGCAACAGAGAGUAUUUUUGAGAAAGGAGUUUAUAUUCAGGAAUUCAUUACCCAAGCAAUGUCCUCAGUGCCAAGCCAUUUCAAAUGGAUGUUGUAGACUUUAAGGAAUCCCUGAAGACUUCAUGGUAUGCUUCAUUCUGAUAUAUAUUUUUUUUUUUGUAAAUUUCUUUCAUCUUCAUUUUGUAUAUAUACCACAGCAAGGUUAUUUCUCUGAUUAUGAUGUGAUGGGAUGAAUUGGGGUGUUGAUUCUCUCUUAGAUCAAUGACUAAGAGAUAAGUUACUUGUUUAUGAAUUUUUAACACCGAAAAACUGGUUCAUGGUUCAUUUAUUUAUCAUUGUGGUCUCCUUUUUCAUGUUUAAAAUGAAGCGUGAAGAAAGGAUAUUUGAGCACA